AUGGUGGGUCCGACCCGUCCGCAGUUCGUGUUGUUCGGGUCAUCCGUAGUUCAAAUGUCGUACAACGUUGGUGGCUGGGGUGCUAUUUUUACUGAUCUUUACGCCCGCAAGGCAGAUGUGAUACUAAGAGGAUAUUCUGGUUGGAACUCAAGGCUUGCUCUUCAAGUCUUAGAUAGGGUGUUCCCCAAGGAUGCAGCUGUUCAGCCUACUCUGGUUAUAGUAUAUUUUGGUGGUAAUGAUGCAACAAACCCACACCCAAGUGGCAAAGGCGCUCAUGUUCCUCUUCCAGAGUAUGUAGAGAACAUGAGAAAGAUUGCUCUUCAUCUCAAGUCUCUAUCAGAGAACAUACGGAUAAUUUUUCUUAGUUCUCCUCCCGUGAACGAAGAGAGAAUUCGAGAAAUUUUUGGUAAUGCAUUUGAUGAUCAAGCUCGGAAAAAUGAAUGCUGCCUCAAAUACACUGAAGCUUUAGUAGAGUUGGGUCAGCAGUUAGAUAUUAAAGUCAUUGAUCUUUACACUGCGAUUCGGCAAAGAGAUGAUUGGGCAAAGGCUUGCUUUAUAGAUGGAAUCCAUUUUUCAUCUGAAGGGAGCAAAAUUGUAGUAAAGGAGAUACUGAAGGUCCUCAAAGACGCCGAAUGGGAACCAAGCCUGCACUGGCUGUCGAUGCCAGCUGAAUUUCCCGAGGAUUCGCCAUAUUACGUUGUUGGUCCUGAUGGUGAAACCACCCUUAACGUGACUGACCAUGUUUGUACUUGGCAAAAGGAGUGGGUCAAUAUAUAG